AUGAUUCCCGACCUCUUCACAUCGCUGCCUCCCGUUAGAGAUGAGCUGCAGUCAACAACGACUGUAGCCCAGGACGAGACGGUGAGCCUCUGCCUGCCGUUCCUUUCAGGGGAGAAGCACGACGACUGCAAUGACUACGGCGUGCCUCAUCUCGACCGGGAGAGGCACAUUAAGUUUCUACACAAGCAGCUGGGGAAACUCCCAUCCCCCUUCAUCGCUGCAGACGCAAGCCGGCCCUGGUUUCUCUCCUGGUCCCUGAAUGGGCUGAGUCUCUUGGGUGAGGAUGUGUCCUCCUACCGGGCCGCCUUGAUCGACACGGCGCGUUCCAUGCAGAACGACACAGGUGGCUUCGGCGGUGGCAACGGUCAGAUGUCACACCUGGCAACUACCUACGCUAUGGUUCUGUCCCUGGCUCUUGUGGGAGGCGACAGUGUGUAUGAGGUCGUUGACAGGCGGGCUAUGUGGAAGUGGCUCUGCUCCCUGAAGCAGCCAAGCGGGGGGUUCCAGAUGGCUGUUGGUGGAGAGGUGGACAUCAGAGGCGCAUAUUGCGCAGCGGUCGUGGUGUCCCUACUGAACCUCCCGACGGAUUUGACCCCCGAGUCCCCGGCAUGGACCCCCGAUCAUCCCACGCUGUUCACAAAGCUGCCUGAGUACGUGCAGAGAUGCCAAACAUUUGAGGGAGGAAUAUCGGCCCAUCCGGAUGCUGAAGCACAUGGUGCAUACGCCUUUUGUGCGCUAGGCUGUCUCGCCAUUCUGGACUCUCCCGACCGCAUCAUUCCGAGCCAUUGGGUCGGCGGGUGCUGGCCGCUGAUCGAGGCUGCGCUCGCAGGAGACCGCGGCGACCACGUACCGCCGCUGGGAGGAGAUGAACAGCCUGGUCACAAACACAAGCUCCCUCUCCACGGCCGGAGCUUGUACAGCCGAGAAGGGUUAAUUCGCUACAUCAUGUGUUGCUGCCAGGACCAGAGCAAACGCGGUGGCCUGCGAGACAAGCCCAGCCGUCCCUCGGAUGGGUAUCACACAUGCUACGUCCUUGCGGGCCUCAGCUCCGCACAGCACAAGUCGGAGCUGGUCAACACGGAAGCUCCUGGCACUAACGCCACCGCGUCCACUGCAGGGGACGCGGGCAGUCCGGGGCUCGGUGUGGGCGAGCAGCCUUACCUGACUACGUCGUGGUCUGUUACGCCGUACCUCGACGAAGCACAGGUGUUUGACGAGCAAGAUCGCCUUGAGCCGUUGCACCCGCUCUAUGCACUUCCGGUCGGCUGCGUCGCGGAUAUAAAGCGGUACUUCGACGCGAAGACAGGGUUCUAG